AUGUCUUCCGACUAUGAUGAUGAUGACUUGCUGCUGGACGAUGAUGCCCUCCGAAAGCUAUCAGAGGUAGAAGAUAAAUGCGGAGUUGCUGCACCCCAAGGAGCGUCUCAUGUAUCGAACGCUGCACCUGUGUUAAACUUGCCAAAAAGAGGCGAGAAUCCGCCUCCCCAGAAACGAGCAAAAGUUGCCCCACCUGUGCUGGUUUCGUUGUCUGAUGAAGAUGAUACCCCCGACAUCUUUGUAAACGCAGAUGGCACAUACGCACUUGAUUCACCUGGUCCUUCAGUCGUUUCUCUCGCACCUUCAUUUAUUCAUCCGGGUACGGCCAGAAGAGUUGCUUCGGAAUCGGUUCCGCACCAUUCUGUUUCUCCUGCGAUAGCUCCAGCUCGCCCCUCGAACCAAAAUGGAGGUCAGCCAGCUCCAGCUCGCUCGCUAAGGCGAAACGAUUCGAGUGCCUCUAUUCAAGUGAUUGAGGCUCCGCCUACCACCCAGGGUAUUAGACCUCUUAUCCGCGCCGGUUCAUUGUCCCAAGCGAUUAGUCGUGGCUUGGCUAGGAACGACACCCCUUUGACCCAGCAACAAUCUCAAUCCCAGAUGCAAGUAGAUAGUGGACUUCACGACCCAGAUGCGAACUUUCUGCAGAAUGAAGUCAAAGCUCUGCGAGCGCAGCUAGCCAGGGCCGAAUCUGAGAGAGAAAGUCUGCGCACUUCCCUUCAGCAAAAUAAAGAAGCGACGUUUGCGAAAGCCGGCGAGGCUGAGAAUUUGCGACGCACCAUGAGUAAACAAACCGAGAGACACGCAGAAGAAAUUUCGCGCCUCAGGCAGGAUAUGAUUGAGAUGGAGAAGGCAAAGGCCACACUUGAAGCUCGUAUGAAGCAAGAAAUGGACCAAAUCCGAACGUCAAUGACUUUCAGGCAACAUGAGAUAGGAACAUCUCGGAUUUUCGAGAGCGUUAGAAUUGCAAAGCUCACCUCUUUCCCCGACAAAAAGGUCUACGAGGAAACAGAUGGGCCCUCCAGAAAAGAGAAGAGUUUCAGCAAGCUCACAAAUUCGUUCGCUCGUUCUACAUCACCUGCCAAAGCGCGUCUUCGCCCGAAAUCAUUAGCGGAGGAUACUUUCGAUGGUCCUGGAGAGACAUCUGUUUGGCCAGGGUCAAGUCGUAUCCAAGGCAAGGGAAAGGAGAAAGCCAGUAAUGCUUGGAAAGACGAUGAAGACCAGAAUGCCCAUGUCCGAAGCCUAAAAUUCGAAGAGCCAGAAUAUUGGCGUUCUCAUCCUAUACCAGCAACACAAGCUCCUUUUGCAAUAGAACCUGAUGUGUUUGGAGCCAGUUCGUUGCCAAAAACUCCGAUGAAGAGUCGAGCCGAGGGUAUUCCAAGUAUGGAAGUGACUGGGCCAAUUGAUCUGGCGGAUGAACUACGUAUGUUUCUGCUUGCACAUGUAGUCCUCUUCGACUUUCCAGAGACUCGGAAGACUUUCAGUUUACAGACCAUACUUACUGCUUCGAUUCCUGAUAAUUUGCGUCAGCGAUUUGACAUAGCGUGUGCUAACUUGUUCAGUGCGUUCAGUGGGUCGAUUGUUCCAUCUACGGGGGACACUGGAGAGAACAGUGCAUGGGAUCACGCUGCUACAAAAGCUUCGCUUGCACUGGCUCAAUUGGCUCAAGUUUUCCAAGAAGGGUGUCUUCUCACAUCACUUCACACACUCGUUAAUUUGCUGUCUUCAAUAUCGGUAACCAUACCCGGAUUUGCCAGAUACCUUCUUGAGGCUGGGGUUGGGGAUCAGGAUUCAUUGAUACUGGCGGUCUUAUGCGAUACCAUUAUCCGGUUCUUCAAGAAACCGUCGGAUUCCGGUGAAGUGUGGCAUCUUGCUGAGAGCAUACUAGGACUGUUCGAAAGUCUGGCCAGUUAUGCCAAGGAUGACUGCGCAAUAAAAUUCUCUAUUUUGUCUCACAAAGCAGAGGUCCUUUCUAUUCUAUUGGAUCCGGCUCAACCUCCUCCCUGGACCGUCCGAGUUACUCGCCUUCUUUCCAUCUUGGGAUCUCGAUCACCGUUAGCUCGCACACUACUCAAUUUUUCGGAGGCCAAUGCUUCGUCAACCAGGGAGAUACCAAAGGUUCCCCUUUUGGAAUGUAUCUGCCGCCACCUUGUAGCAUUCCGAAAGCACAAUAUAAACGAGCAUUAUCGGGAGUUGUAUGAAAACAUUCUGACUGCGCUCGCGCAAUUUGCCAUUGCCGAUAAUCAAAGUCUCAAGACGCUGGUCGACUCGCCCUCUUUGUUGCUUUCGCUGGUAUCGUUUAUCUAUAACGUUACUUCUACAAUAUGGUCCGAGGUCGCCCUAGCAGAGAACGCAACUGUGUUUACUCCUGAUCCUAUGCCCAACGUCCGGGAAAGAUUGAUAUAUGCCACACGCAGUCCAUUCAACGGCUCGAUACACUUUUUUAUUGUUUCGUUCGGCCGCCUCGCAUUUGGAGAUCCACCAGACUACCUAGAUACAACUUGUGCCAAGGCUAUUCGGGGUAUUCGAGGGCUCUCUGAAGCGCUGCUUGAGACCGUCGUCGAUGGGCCCGAAGUGGAUGGUAUUUAUACAGUGUUUCGUGACUCUGAUGAAGACGAGAAUAUACCUUCCAGCGGAGAAAAGGUGGAACCCAGUGUGGCGGAUGAAGAAGAGGCGCUGCGUAUGGUUAUUGACGAUGAGGAUUAUUGA